AUGUCGGACGAUGACUUUAUGAUGGAUGAUGCGCUGGAGGAGGAUUACGACUUUGAAUAUGAGGAGGAUGACGACGAUCAGGACGCGGACGCGUACAUCGAGAACAAGUACUACAACGCCAAAGCCAUCAAAGGCGAGAAACCGGACGAGGCGAUAAGUGAGCUACAAGAUAUCUUGGAUGCCGAGACUGAUAUGACCGAAUGGGGUUUCAAGGCGUUGAAGCAGCAGACCAAGAUCAACUUUCACCGCGGCCGCCACGAAGAGGCGCUGCGCUCCUACCGCGCGCUGCUCAAGUAUACCAAGUCGGCCGUGACGCGUAACUAUACGGAGAAAUCGGUCAACUCCAUUCUCGACUAUGUCUCGGCGUCUUCGGCGACGCUCGCGAUCCUCGAGUCGUUUUACAGCGCAACGGACGAGGUGCUGGCAGCGACGCAGAGCGACCGCCUCAAUAUGAAAAUCAAGCUGAAGCUUGCACGGCUAUGGCUCUCGCGGAAAGAGUGGACGCGCCUCGUGGAUAUCCUCCGCGAGCUGCGCACGGGCGACUUUGCGAGCGAUACGGGUGAUGGCCAGUCCCAAGGCACGCUUCUCCUCGAGUUGCUUGCGCUCGAGGUGCAAAUGUACCGCGAGAUGGGCAACAUGAAAAAGGUCAAGGACACCUAUCAAGCUGCGAUGCGCAUCAAGAAUGCGAUCCCCCAUCCCCGUACCAUGGGUAUCAUCCGCGAGAGUGGCGGAAAGAUGCACAUGUCCGAGAAAAACUGGGAGGCUGCCCAAGUCGACUUUUUCCAAGCCUUUCGCAGCUACGAUGAGGCAGGGAGCCCCUUGCGCAUCCAGGUGCUCAAGUACCUUGUACUGGCGCACAUGCUGACCGGCAAUGACGUCAACCCCUUUGACUCACAGGAGACCAAGCCCUACCGCGAGGACCCGAACAUCAUCGCCAUGACGUCGCUGGUCGACGCGUACCAACGGCGCGACAUCCAAGAGGCCGAGCGGAUCGUGGAAGAAAAUCACGCCACCCUCACCGAAGACGAAUUCAUUUCGGAGUUUAUCGCCGACGUGCUCAAAGAGUUGCGAAUCCAGUACCUCAUCGAUGUCGUACGCCCCUAUGGCUCGAUCCAGCUAGCCACACUGUCCAGGGUGCCGAACAGCUCGAGCAUCUAG